AUGCUUGGACCAAUACACAUACUUCCAAUGCAACCAGCUGGCCAAGAAGGAUGGAGAAUUGUUGCUGCUUUAAUGAGUAGACAUAUUGGUGGAGCUUGGCCACAAGCAUCACCUCUGUCACAGCCACAACAGCCACAUCAGAAAUAUCAACCUCCAUUGCAGCCCCAACAACAAGAAGGACGGGUAGAACAAAAUGUUGGUCCUGUUCAGUCUCCUAAUCAGGUUAAUAGUGACAAUGGUGUAAAGGAUGUGGAAACAAAAAUAGAAGCAGAAGCAGAAGCAGAAGCUGAGAAUGUGGAUGAGUCGCCUACAUUUUGGACAGCAUGUCCUUACUGUAUAAGUAUCAAAGGGUCUAUGCAGAGUGCACUAUCUAACCAGAUGGGGAGGGUUAAACCCAAAUGUUGAAUCAAAUUGUUGACCAAUUGAUCAAAUAAACAAACAACAGAAAAAAU